AUGGCCUGCCGCCUUGGCAGCGUUCCCUCCCGUAGCACCGUUAGUCACGGCUACGACGCCUCGUGCCCACCACCGUCAGCAGCCGUGAUCUGUCACAGGUGCAUGUUGCCGAGUAGGCACAAAAACCCCCUGCAUCCGGCCGACUAUGCAGGCGUCUUCCGUGAUGGGCUUCACAUGACGAUGGCAUGGCGAGAAUCGGACCGGCAUGUUCCUCGAAUCGACACUGCCGCCGGCCUGUGA